GAACUUGACGGUUUUGUUUUUACGGAUAUAUUGGCGAUCUGUCGUUGAAGCAUGGAUAUUCAAUGACUACAAAUAAACAUUUUUAUGUUUAAAACGAGCGUACUCCCCGAGGAGCAGAACUGCAAGGGACGUGGCUUUGAUUUGACAGUUUAGCUUGAUCCCUAAAAACGUGCAGAAUUUAAGGAAGCAAGGUAGAAAGGUAAAUUGUAGCAAUGAUCAUGUUAAACGAAGAAAAUGUCAUCGACCGUGUCCGCCGUGGUACAAGGUGUCUGGCUACUAACAGAGGAGCAGGAAGCAUAUUGACACCUCACCUCACAAGAUGGGACUGAGGCUCGGCCGGUCAUUGAUACGUGAUCAUAUCAACGACGUGUACAAUUGAAAAUCACUGGGUGAUAAUUCAAGAUAUGACCCAGUCGCCAGUGCAUUUCCAUGGUCUCAUGAAAACGAAUAUUGUAGCCUAAUAACUGUCAUAAUCCAAAAAGAUACACAAGAAACGAGCGCUACUGGAUUGUGAAAUCCUGGUUUUAUGUUGUUGGAAGCAGCAUUGAAAAAUGGGGGAGAAAUCGCAUUUUGAAUAAUGGAUUUGCAAUUAUCCUCUGAAGACAACUGGGAACUGGGACUGAAACGCGUUUCGAUAUCUGCUUGAGAGAAGGCAGCACCUUUGCGCCAUUAAUUCACAGAGUUAUACCUUUCUUAAAAACGGAUUCCUGGAUUAUUGCUACUAGUUUAUACCACGCUACGUCGAGAUUUCAAGUCGUUCUCCAGAAGCGACUUCGAACAUUUGCUAGCUUUUAGCAUUGACUUUACAGAAACAAACAGUUGAGCAUCGUGGCUACGUAAAUAACGUAGGCUGGUCUGCAGAUACGUUACUUAAAGAAAAGUAAGCCGCACAUGAAUUGCCCUGUUUGUUUUGGAAAGGCUCAAUAUUGUGUGCAGAAAUAAAUUAUCAUAGCCAUAUGCGCGGAAAGGACACAUAGAUAUUAAAAAGGGUGCGCUGAACUCCAAACCAAAGCCAAAUUAAGUCCGCCACAGUUAAAAUCUGAGUGUUGGAGAAUUCACCUCCAUCAAAACAACGUUUUCAUAGCCUACUAAACAAGUGUCUUUCAAAUUUGUAUCACCUAGACCUGCACCUUUAAAUUAUAACAAAACGGGCACAUGUUGUUUGCAAUUGGUGUCAUUGUAUGGUGCUGGGGAUUGUUGAGUCACACACAGAUGCACCGGCACCAAGCAAUGCUGAAAAGCCGCUGCUGCGUCUUACUUAGUGACCUGAAGGUUCUCCUGCUCAGGCCACCGCCGCCUUCGCCACCGCCGCCAGCAUUAAUCCCCAUGAGCAGCCAAAACACGGAAAGUCAUGCGAACGGAGCCGCGGGAGCUACGAGCGGGGUAGACGGCUACCCUCAGUCUGAGGGAUGGACGGCACCAUCGACAGGGGGUGCUGUCCAAAUCGAGGAGGACAGAACAACGGGGGACUGGUCUGGUGUGGCGGCCGAGCAACAGGGGAGCCUUGAGUGUAGCAGUUCUUCGGAUGACUGUUCUAAGGAGAAGUCUGAGGAGCGACUGUCUCUCAACAGCUGCACAGACAGUGGUGUUAGGACUCCCUUGUGCAGGAUCUGUUUUCAGGGACCAGAGCAGGGGGAGCUGUUGAGUCCAUGUCGCUGCAGUGGGUCUGUGCGCUGCACUCACCAACCCUGCCUUAUCAAGUGGAUCAGCGAGAGGGGCUCGUGGAGCUGUGAACUCUGCAACUACAAGUACCAUGUCAUCGCCAUCAGCACCAAAAACCCACUGCAGUGGCAAGCCAUUUCGCUGACGGUGAUCGAGAAGGUGCAGAUUGCAGCGGCCAUCUUGGGCUCCCUGUUCCUCAUCGCCAGCAUCUCCUGGCUGGUCUGGUCAUCGCUCAGCCCCUCGGCUAAGUGGCAGCGGCAGGACCUGCUCUUCCAGAUCUGCUAUGGCAUGUACGGCUUCAUGGACGUGGUCUGCAUAGCACUCAUCAUCCACGAAGGGCCCUCCGUGUUUCGCAUUUUCAACCGCUGGCAGGCCGUCAACCAGCAGUGGAAGGUGCUCAACUAUGACAAGGUGAAGGACAGUGAGGACAUGAAGACCGGUGCCAACCACAGGACCCCUACCCUGCCCACACAGAGGGGCAGUGUGCACCCGGAGGGGGGGACCUCUACCUCCACCUCUUCGCUCAUGGCUGCUGCUAUGGCCACCGUCGGCACGGAAACGCCCACGGCGACUGCCCCAAUGACUCAGGACUCCUCUGAGCAGAGCGAAGGUCUCGCCCUGCCCGAUCACCACUGCUCAUACAACAUCCUUCACCUGCUCAGUCACCUGAGGCAGCAGGAGCCUCGAGGCCAGCCCAGCAACGGUAACCGCGAACUGGUGAUGAGAAUAACUACAGUCUGAGGAUUGUCUUGAGGCCUUAUUAUUGACCCGGUGUGGGAGUCAACGUAUGCUGAAUACGGCUGUAAGACACUAACGUUUCGAAAAUGAGGCAGAAGAAAGGCCUUGCCAACCAGGGAUAUGGCAAAGUGACAACCAGUUGACGAAUAAGUGAGCUUUCGAUGGGUGCAGAUAACCUUUGUUUUCAGUGUUUUGACAUGUAUAAAAUAAAAAUGGAUUUGGAUUUCUUGAUGGCUGUACUGUAGCUGAAGGAUUUGUUGAAUGCUCUUUCCACUGCUCUG